AUGGAAGUAUUUGAAGACGAAUUGUUACAAAGAAACAAAUUUGAGGAUACCCAUAUCAAGGACGAUUAUAAGACUGAAGUCUCCCUUUCGCCUAAAGAGAUACUUUAUGAGGAACACAUCGAGUGUAAAAAAGAAGAACAACACUUGUCGAGCGUCAAAAGAGUACUCCCAAAGUUCAAUUCAUCCAAAAUACUACUGGAAACCAAACCAAGAAAAAACACAGAAGAGAAGAAAAUGGGAUGUCUAAUGGUCAACAAUGGAGAACCAAAGUUCAGAACGAUGCCAAGACUCAUCGAUGUCAAUUUAGGGAUCAAGCCUGACACCAACUUUCAAAACAAUAUCAGGAAGAUGAAAAACACACUCGACAAGCUCUCAAAUACUUUCAAUCAGACAUCCAAUGUCUUUACCCUCAAUCCCACAAUUGACCAGAACGUAGACAAUGACCAAGGCUUUAACAACUUUGAAAAUGUCGCUACUUUCACACAAAGCAUGUCUCCGCCCUCAGACACAACUAGCUCUAAAUGUUACUCUGCGUUCAACGUCAACGCAAAAUAA